AUGGGGUCGUUGACCGAGGAAGAAUACCAGAAAUCAGUAGACCUAAAUAGUUAUCGCCAAAGCCUUCAGUGGCUUCAACAAACCUGUCGACCUGUGCUCAUGAAAGAGUUGUCUCAAAUCAGCUCUGUGCCGGUCCCGAUCACGCCUAGCAAUGCUAAACAUCCCAGUAUGAUUGGCGGGGUCCAGCAGGUGCAGGUCGCCAUCUGGAAGCAGUGCCAGGUUCAAGUCCUACCUGCGGAUCGCUGGGGAAAUCCAGAUGAUGUACUAUUAGAGAUCCAAGCGCUUCACAAGCUUCGCAAGUGCCGGCAAAUCAUUCAACUGUACGGCUAUUUGCCGAAUAGCUCACAAACAUCAGUCCAGAUUCCAGCUCUGCUCCUUCAACAACCUUCCUAUGGUUCGCUCCGUCAAUUCCUCGAUCAUCAUUUUGACUCAAUCCAAUGGCCUGAGCGCUAUAAGUUAGCCUUGGACAUGGCCCAAGGCCUCCGGUUUUUGAUCUCAAACGAUGUCCCCUGCACUAUGCACUCGGGCAACGUUCUUGUCGAUAACGAAGGUGUUGCUAUUCUGACUGGAUUCGGCAUCCCUGGAGGUCUCGUCACCUCAGCACCUUGCCAAAUGACAGCCCAGCCCAGCCCAGCUUCAUUAAUUGUCUACAUGGCUCCUGAAAAACUUCAGGGAAAAGAAAACUACAAUCCCGACUGGGAAGUGUACUCACUCGGAAUUCUGUUAUGGGAGCUUUCAUCAGGUCGUAUCCCGUUUGAUGAAAUUAUUGCUCGCGCUGAAUCUGGCCCCAGACUUGCAAAAAGCAUGGAGCAGCUGUCCUCAGCAAUCAUCAAAGGCCUUCGUGAGGAGACAGUCCCUGGCACUCCUGAGAUCUACGAGCAACUCUUCAAAAUGUGUUGGGAAGGAGAGGCAGAGUCAAGACCACCGCUUGAGGUUGUCGAGGAGACAUUACAAAUGCUUGUCGUUGUUGAGCCUAUGGAUAUGCUGAUGCUACCAGGCGAUGAUACUGGAAUGUCCAUCUCAACAGUGGUCUCUGAUAGCAUCGAUGCGGACGCCAUAAGCACUCAUAUGCGCUCCAACAGCAUCCGCUCAACUUCCCCAGGUUCAAGCCAAGUUCGUUCUUUUACCCGUCCACAGACUCUUCACCAAGCUGUCAGUGUCUCUAACCCAGAUAUGACUGAGUGGUACAUUCUUUCUGGUCAUGAUAUCAAUGGUUACGCGAUCGUCCCCACAUACUCAUUAGAGUGUGAAAUCACUCCUAUCUUGACAUGCCUUGGCCAUUUUUUACCAAAUUCGCUCCCCAUACUUAAGGAACUCCUAGAUCAAGAGGCCGAUAUCACACUUCUUGCAAAGCGAUCUAACCAAUCAUGUCUGCAUAUUCUCCUGGAUCGCUAUAUACCUUUCAAGAACGAUAGUGGCUCUUCACAUUUGUUUGCGGCUCUUGAUAUGCUCCUUGAUGCUGGCGCCGAGCCUAAUGCCAAAGAUGUACAGGGAUAUACACCAUUACAUUUACUCAUGAAGAACCCCAAGAUUGGAACUGAAGAUGUAGUGGAGGCUAUGAACAGGAUGGUUGCAAAGGGGGCGGACACAUCCAUCCAAGCACCGCGCGAUGGAAAUGUUUUAGCUUUGGCAGCCAAAUAUCUCCACUUCGAGGCUGUUCGAACCAUCCUGGACGCAGACAUGCUGGCUUCAGAGCCAGAGUCUAUACAACAAGCAGUUGAAGCUUGCAUGACCAUGACAGGGCGUACAACUGACAAGUUUGUGAACCUAAGAACCAAAACGAGGGAGUUCCUAAAGCUUUGGACUGGCAAGGCUGGUGCACCAAGGAGAGAAAAGGUUGCCAUCAAAGUCCUGACAGACGCUGGUUUCCUUGACUCAACCGGUCUCCGGACUAAAGGGAAGCCAGGCAAAAUAGUAGUCCCUCAAGCACAGUUAGAUUGUGCAAAUUUGUAUUAUGACACCCAUAUCAAGAAGAAGCGUGAACUGGUGCUAAACAACAUGGGUGGCGUGCAUGGAAUGAUUCUCUCCAUCUGA